CCAUCUUGGAUUGCAUGAUUUGGUAAGGGCCAUAUCAUGUGCAUUGAUCUAACCUAACCAUAAUUAAAAAAACUAAAAUAAAGUACCACCGAAGUACGUUAUGUCGGUACGUGAAGAAUGUCAUGAAACGCUGUUGUGAAUUAUUUUAUUUUGGUGAUAUAAACGGGAAAUAAUAAACCUCACCACGUCCACCUUGACCCAAGCGUCUUAGCUCUGCAAAAGGAAAGGACACAAUGCUUUUUACCCAGUGAGCAGCGUUUGGUGUGAAUGGUCCGUCCGAGCAGAAAACAGAUGCGACAGCUUCGCCGGAGGACACAGAUGUCAAACACACUUUGGAAAUCGUAUCCGAGAUAAUAGCAGAAGUCCCCGCCGGACCAUGGGACAGACGGUGCGGCUGCUCGGGCUGCUGUGGUUCUGCUCUGCUCUGCUCUGUGCAGCAGGCUGCAGUGAGCGGGUGGAGGUCCACACAGAGCGGAGGGGUGUGAUCUACAGCCCUUCCUGGCCUUUGAACUACCCGUCCGGCGUCAACUGCAGCUGGCACAUCCAGGGGGGUCAGGGGGAGGUCAUCACCAUCAGCUUCCGUAACUUCGACUUGGCCGAGUCGGGACGCUGCCUGGGCGACUGGCUGCUGCUGACGCCCUCGUGGAGCGGCGAGUCCCGGCUGUGUGGCUCCGUGCUGCCGCCGCCCUUCAUCUCCACCAGGGGGCGCGUGUGGCUGUAUUUCCACUCUCAGGCCAACAGCUCCGGCCAGGCUCAAGGCUUCCGCCUCUCCUACAUCAGAGGUCACCUGGGUCAGAGCAGCUGCCAGUCCGACGAGUUCCUCUGCGGCAACGGCAAGUGCCUCCCGCGCGCCUGGAAGUGCAACGCUCAGGACGAGUGCGGCGACGCCACCGACGAGCGCGGCUGCUCCCCCCCCCCCACCGAGGCCCGGCCCGGCCCCUGCCCCCCCGGCGCCGUCGCCUGCGCCGACCUCCGGUCCACCCGCUGCCUGCCCGCCUCGCUGCGCUGCGACGGCGAGCGCCACUGCCCCGACGGCGCCGACGAGCUGGGCUGCCCCGACACCGCCUGCGGCCGGCGCCUCGGCGCCUUCUACGGCGCCUUCGCGUCGCCCGACUUCCUCCGGGCCAACCGGAGCGCGGCGGCCGAGCUGCGCUGCUCCUGGUUCCUGGACACCCGGGACCCCAAGCCCAUCGUGCUGCAGCUGGACCUGCAGCUGGGGCCCCGGGACGCGCUGCACGUGUACGACGGGCUGCUGCAGGGGGCCGAGCACCUCCUGCAGGUGCUGUCGUACCACAACAACCGGCGGCCGGCGCUGCUGGAGUCGAGCCGCGGGCAGAUGAGCGUGCUGUACGUGGCCCAGCCCCACAGCCCCGGACACGGCUUCAACGCCACCUACCAGGUCAAAGGUUACUGCUUUCCCGGCGAGCGCCCCUGUGGCGGCGACCAGGGCUGCUUCUCCGAGCGCCAGCGCUGCGACGGCUACUGGCACUGCCCGUCCGGGCGCGACGAGGAGGCCUGCGCCGCGUGCCCGCAGGGGGAGUUCCCCUGCGAGGGCGGCGCCGGCCUGUGCUACCCGGCGUCGGAGCGCUGCGACAACCAGAAGCGGUGCCCGGACGGGUCGGACGAGAAGAACUGCCACGACUGCCAGCCGGGGAACUUCCACUGCGGCACCAACCUGUGCAUCUUUGAGACGUGGCGCUGCGACGGCCAGGAGGACUGUCUGGACGGCAGCGACGAGAGGGACUGCCUGGCGGCGGUGCCGCGGAAGGUGAUCACCGCGGCGCUGAUCGGCAGCCUGGUCUGCAGCCUGCUGCUGGUCAUCGCCCUGGGCUGUGCCCUCAAACUGCACUCCCUCCGGAGCCGCGAGUACAGAGCUUUUGAAACUCAGAUGACUCGCAUGGAGGCCGAUUUUGUCCAGAGAGAGGCUCCGCCCUCGUAUGGCCAGCUGAUCGCUCAGGGUCUCAUCCCGCCUGUGGAAGACUUCCCCGUGUACAACCCCACCCAGGCCUCGGUGUUGCAGAAUCUGCGGCUGGCGAUGCACAGACAGAUCAGACGCCACUCCACCCGCCGCGCCGCCUCCUCCUCCCCCCGCCGGCGCCUCGGGCAGCUGUGGAGCCGCGUCCUCGGCAGCGGGGGCCGCGCCCGGGCCCACGCGUCCCUGCUGGACGCCGCCGGACCCGCGCAGGUCACGCUCGGGCUCCACAGCUACCGAACCGUCACGGAGCAGGGGUCCCAGGCCGGGGGCGGGGCUUGGGGCGGGGCGGGGGCGGCGGGCGGGACCGGCCCGUGCUGCUCGGCCUCCGUCAGCAUGCGGGCCUGCUCGCCGGAGAGCCCGCCGUCGCCCCUCUCCUCUCAGUCAGACGGUCCAGACGAGGCGUCGCCCGACUGCAGGGAAGGAGGCGGCGCUCCACCAUCCGAGCCUCCGUCGCCCUGUGAGAGUGACUCUUCAACCCACGUUGGGCUUCCACCCGCCCCUCGGGAAGCCUCUGUGUCCCAUAGCCACCCCCGAGCAUCUAGGAAGCUAGUCCUGGAGCUAGCGGUGAAUCUCAAAGGCGUCUCCUUGAGGCGGUACUCUCCUCUGGGGCCCUUGUCUCCCAUCUCACCGCCAGUGUUUCCGAGCAGCUCCCAGACGCCAACAACCCACCCCCACCCCCACCCGCUGCGCCCACAGGGGACUUCCCCCACCGAGUCUCUGGCGUCUGUGAAGGCGGAGGACAGCGACGGCCGUGUCACGGUGCCGAGCAGGGAGAGGAGGAGGAGGAGUGACAGACGGAGGGAGGGAAAGGGCCGGUUCUGCAGAGUCAGCAAGGCCCUCGGCGACGAGGGCGGAGACUCGGGGAGGGAGACAACGCCUUGCUGAGGAGUUGAGAGGUUUCUCUCGUCCUCCCCGCUCUUUCGGGGCCCGAAAGAACCUUGAACCUGUACAACACGCAGGAGACGCGAUAUCAGACCCCUCACUCUCAUUCUUCACACUUCAUCCGCGUAUGCUCAAGCUGCUCCCACAAUAAACCAGCGCGGCCGUGUUGUGAGCCCCACGCAGACUCCCACAGUGAAACGAGAACAGGCGUGACCUUUGACCUCGACAUGAACUUACCUGUUUCAGGUGAAAUCAGACACCACGUUGUGAUGAUGCAAAAGCAGCUUUAGUGUCGUUACCCAGAGCCAUUAUGCACCGCUUUAUACUGUGAACCUUAAAAGCCUGUUGAUCAGUCAUAGUUGGUCCAGUCAGUUUCAGUUGAACUAAUCAAAUCACUGAUGCUCCUCACUGUCUUCUCCCCAUUGGCUGUAAAGAUAUUCUUGUGUGGCAUUUCAUUUCUUUCAGAUCACAGUUGUGUUAUUCCGUGUAUCGGUGAACAAAUAUAAGCAUCAGGAAGUAUUUCACGUGUAGAUCUGCUGAACCUGCGGCAAACAUCGGCACCAUCAGACAUGAGGACUCUUUGUUUAAGGUUCAGAUGUCGGUACCACAACAUUUCUAGCGUGACUGCUAGUUUGCAGCAAGCCAAACGUUGACAGAGACCUCGGUGGAGUCGGAACCCUGAACCCGCGUUGUCUUCUCUUCAGGUCUGCAGUGAGCAGCAGGCAGCGGGUGGAAAAUCAUGUCUAUGCUGUGGACUUUUCUAUAACAGAACAUUAAAGACGUCUAUUUUUCAGUCUUCAGCGAAGACCUCUUCUACUUCUUCAGAUUUGUCUUUCUGCCUUGAUGGACGUUGAACUUGGGGGGAAAACCCGCUCACCUUGAGUCUGUGGCUUCUUGGAACGCUCGUGUGCUUGAGGUGUGACGAUGAACGCCUUUUUGCUACUAACUGUUUCUAAGCAAGCCGCUUCUCAAGAAUGUAACUGCUCUGGUUUGUUUUCUCAACAUCUGCGACUUUCUUGCUCUUUUGCUGCAGGGAGAGCACGAAAAAGCGACCAGCAGCUAAGCUCUGGUUGUUUCCCAUCUGCAGUGACGAAACCAUUCGUUCUUUUUCUAGUGAAUGUGCCAUCCCACCAUCAUGUGCUUCCUUCUUACAGAGGCUUUGUUGUGAACAGCUGCUACAUACAUUGUGCCAUUAGAGAUCCUCCAUGCUGCUUUCCUGCCUGUUGACCCGUCCUCAUUCCGUUUCCUACUUCGUGCUCUCGAUUUCAUUGUCCUACGUUGAUCCUGGUUUGACUCAGUUGAAGGGCGUUGCAGCAUCUUCAGAGUAUGUUCUCUUUGACUUGUGACAUACAGACAUAUUAGAAACUGUGUCUUAAAAAUCACUGAUUGGUUCAUGAAUUACAGUUGUGGUUAACAUGUUUGAACAGAUUUUACUGUGUUGUGAUGUGACUGGUGCCACUCACCUCUAUGGAGCUGAAAAGCACUACUCAGGAAAAAGGAAACGUGUCCCCCAGUGGUCGUAAUUUUGUGUAUUUAGGUUUUAUUUAUUCACAGUUUUAUUGUUUUGCAUUUUUAUGUCCACAUGUUGUUUCGUCUGUUCAUUACGAACAGGUUUAAACACAGCUAAAUACACUGGUUUAUGGCCGCUGGGCAGUGAAGUGCCACUGAAUGUCUCAUCUUUUUGUUUUUGCAGUUUCUUUUGCAGUCAUGUUGAGUUUGUAUAAGGUUUUUCUAUAUAUAUAUAUUUGUAUAUUUUGGGAUGAAAGAGAAGUGUCGCUGAGGCUGCAUACUGUAAGACUUCUGUUUAUUCAUUGCUUUCCUGUGCCUGCAAAUAAUAAACCUUGAGAUGGUUUUAA